AAAUAAACUUAUUACAGUACAAAAAGAAAAUGAUCAACUUAUUCAAGGAAGUCGUGAGUCGUUUAAAAGAAAUGUGUCGGGAAUGUCAUUUGAAUCUAAUGAUAAGAUAUCAUCUGAUAGCAGUACUACAGAGACUCUGAUUGACAAAGAUCAUGAUGAUACGGUCAACCCAUUAACGUUAGAGCAACGAAUAACCGAAUUAGAACAUUCCUUAAAAUUGUCGAAAUCUGAGUGUGUUAGGUUGAAUGAAAAAUUGGCCCAGAUACAAGUUGAAUACUUAAAUGCUGUUAAUGAUAAAGAUCAAUUAACACUAGCGAAACGAGAAUCAGAUAAAAAGGUCAAAGCUUUGGAAGCACAAUUAGAAA